GAUACACAGAGUGGCCAGAGGGAGAGAUAGAGAAGAGGAGGCCAGUGUGUCUCUCCCGCUUUAUCCAUUAACCAGUUUCGAGGCAGAGAGGAGUGACUCAAAUUAGGCUGUUCAGGAAGAUUCUAGGUCAGUGGACAGGGGGGUGAAAGAGGAAGAGAUAUAGUAAAAAAAAAAAGAGACUAAACAGAAAAUCAAACAAAAGCUUUAUAGGGAAAGGCUGCAGCCACUCAGGCUUAAGUGGGAAAAUCCAAAGUGAGAGAGCGGGAUGGUGAGAGUGGAUAAAUGAGGCAUUUUUUGGGAAAGUACCAUAGGAACCCAAAAGGAAGGAAUGUAAAAAGGAUGUCAACAAGAAGACUGAACAUCAAGCUGUGAAGGAGAAGACACAGCAGCGCACUCUGUGUCAAAGACCUCAAGAAAGAACCACAGAAGAGGAAACUUUGCCUUUCACAGACUGACACAGAAACCUCAUGUCUGUGUGUGUGUGAUUGCCGUCAACAAGAGAAAUGGAGAAGUGUCCAUUUUUAGAAAGAUAAAAAGGAUGUCACUUCCAGUGUUGCUGUUGCUAUCACUCUUGACUGUCCAAUGUGGUGGAUGUGACUUUGACUUGGGAGUUGUGAGAAACAUUAAAACAACUAUCGACUCUAACCCAACUGGAUUUCGGACAGUAUUUCCUAAAGAUUACUAUGUAGUGCACCACUACACAAAAAGCAUGCUCUGUGACUCUGAUCCGUGCUGUGUGUUCCCUGCUGCAGUAGUCCUCCUGGACUCCUGGCACGUGCUUCUCAGAAAUCUCUGGGAUGAGCACUUAAAUCACUCCCUAAUCAUAGAGCUGAAGCAGACACUGGAUAAAAUAAUCAAAAAGAACAAAAACACAGAGAGGUUCCAGGAAGAGACAGACCUGGCUCAAUUUGCAAAUCUAUCUUCCUCCCCUGAGGAACUCCUCAAGCUAACAUCACAGCUUUUCACCCAGUGGCUUGAGGUCGGAUGCUUACCCUCCAUUGAAACAUGCACCCUGCCCACUUUGCCCCCCUCUGUUGAGAGAAAGGACUACGGUCCAUCGAGGGCCAGACUCUUGACCACCCGAGCUAUCAGCAGUGUGGAGGAAGGACAGUCUGACAUGAUGAAAGACAUUACACAGCCGCCGUGCAGCUGCAGUCCACGAUCCCCGUCCUAUUCCCUCUGGAGCCCCCUGCUAUUGAUACUCUACUGGUGGUUGCUGUCAUAGUCACUCAAAUGGAUCUUUGAUGAUGCACACAAAAUGCAAGACAUUUCCUGGCACUGAAUGAUUGUUUCUGAUGUUUGUCUUUGUGUUGUUAUGCAGUAAGCUUUCUUAAUAUGAAGUGAGAUGCACAGGUUGCAUUUAAUGUCCAAAGUUAGUUCAGAUAGCUAGGUUCACUGUCCAACAGUGCCCUGUAACAACUGAUAUCACAGAUAUAAAUAUAUAGCCUUCCUCUUUAGAGCAAGCCACAAGCUCCAGCUAGUUAUGCUUGUCAUGCUUGUCAUGCUAACAAGAGAUGCUGAGCAAGCCAAUGCACAUAAGCCAUCGUCUUCUUGAUGUGGAAUUCAUCACUGUUUACAAUGAAUGUUAUGUUAAUGUAAGAUAUUACUGUUUAUAGAUGUUUACUUUGUAUAUAAUGUAAAUUAA